AUGAGCUACUACGGCAGCUACUAUGGUGGCCUGGGCUAUGGACAUGGCUGUGGCUGCGGCAGCUUCCGCAGACUGGGCUAUGGCUGUGGCUACGGAGGCUACAGAUAUGGCUCUGGAUUUGGAGGUUAUGGAUGUGGCUCUGGAUUUGGAGGCUAUGGGUAUGGCUCUGGCUAUGGAGGCUAUGGAUAUGGAUGCUACCGCCCAUCAUGCUGUGGAGGAUACAGAAUCUCUGGAUUCUUCUGA